AUGGCUGGGGUGGGACCAGAAGUGGAUCCUAGCAAUUCCGUGACUGAAGGCCCCGUGGGUGAAGAAGAUUCACCUAAUAAUUGGUCCUGGGGGUCGGAAUUCGGUUGCGUCGUCGGUGGUGACGAGCUCAUAUUUGGUGUCGGAGUCUCGAGGGAGAUAAGGGGGGUGAGAAUCUUGGGAGAAGAUUUCUCAGGGAACCACUAUUGUAGUGCUUGUCGCCGUAAAAUUUGUGGUUUCGUCUAUAAGGAACCCAAAGGUGGUUGGGAUGGUUUCCAAUUAGAUUUACGGUGUGCAUCGGUCUCUGAACCAUUUCAAUAUGAAGGCCAUGAACAUCCCUUAUUCUUAGCUUUAACACCGGAAGAAGAAAAAUCAGCAAUAUGUCAAAUCUGCCAAGAAAAAGAUGAUGAAUAUAAUGACUCGCAAAAACUGGCUUGCAUCGAAUGCAAUUAUAUCAUAUGUUUUGGAUGUGCUACAUUACCAUACAAGACAAGGUAUAAACAUGACAAACAUUUUCUGGUAUUUCGAAAAAAGGAAGAGGGAAAUGAUGAGCAGGGCUGGUGUGAUAUAUGCGAAAGCAAAUUAGUAUAUUCAAGAAAAGGAGGGUUCUAUUCUUGCGACGACUAUUGCUCCACCAUUGUUCAUGUUCGUUGUCUGCUUGGGAAAGACCCUUAUAUGAAACCUGGUCAGAUCAAGCAUUGGGGGAAGGAUGUUCUUAUUCUUCACAACAAGACCAUGUCUCGGCCACUUUGCCAUGGUACAGAGCAUUGUUGUCAAGAUAACAUAGUUUACAAAAAGAGAAACAUGACAUUUUGCUCUUUAUUUUGUUUAGAUUAA